AUGGAACUUACAGACGAUCAAAGGAAACGUAUAGAAGAAAAUAGGAAAAAAGCAUUGCUAAUAAGACAUGAAAAAUCAAAAGCUAGAUCAACUGUACAACCUUACCAAAAACCCAUAUUACAACAGUCAAAGAUUGAUAAAAGUCUUCAAAUCACAGUUGCCGGUCAAUCAUACGUAGACACAGAAGCUGGAUUUCUGCUUAACGAGGAUGAUCUAUCAGAAAAAAAAAACCCGAUAGUACUAGCAUCAAUGGCAAAUCCAAUAUUAUCAAAAACUGAACAGCCUAUAUGUCUUGAAUGUAAUCACGAAUUUGGUAUUUCUUAUUUAAUGACAAAUUUUGACCAUUCUGUAUGUGAUAGAUGCAAGGAGAAAUUUGGAAAAGAAAAAUUUGAUUUAAUUACCAAGACAGAAGCUAAAAAAGAAUAUUUAUUAAAAGAUUGUGAUAUUGAUUUGCGCUCACCUCCACUUAGGUUUAUUCUGGGCAAAAAUCCACACAAUUCCAGAUGGGGUGAAAUGAAAUUGUAUCUUUUACUUCAAGUAGAAAAAAGAGCAUUAGAAGUUUGGGGUUCUGAAGAAGAAGUGGAACGACAAAUUGAAUUAAAACAAGAAAAGCAAAAGGCAUCAAAGUUAAAAACGUUUAAGAAAAAAGUCAAAGAAUUAAGAAUGUCAACUAGAAGUAGUUUAUAUACCAAAGUCACAAAAGCUUCUCAUCAACAUGAAUAUGAUACAGAAAUAUACAAUGAAGAAGAAGAUAAUUAUGAACGUACUUGCACUUCUUGUGGAUUUCAUGAAAUUUUUGAAAAAAUGUAA